UUUGGAAGUGAGGUGAGGGAGGUGCGUUGUCUGCGACAGAGAGGGAUAGUUACAGCAACAAUGAAGACGAUUCUCUCAACAGAGACGAUGAACAUUCCCGAUGGCGUGAGCAUCAAGUUUCACGCGAAGGUGAUCGAGGUUGAAGGCCCUCGUGGAAAACUAGUGCGAGACUUCAAACAUCUCAACCUUGAUUUUCAGCUCAUCACCGACGAGAACGACAAGAAGAAGCUCAAGAUCGACGCCUGGUUUGGCUCUCGGAAAACCUCCGCCGCCAUUCGCACCGCCCUCAGCCACGUCGACAAUCUGAUCACCGGCGUCACCAAGGGCUACUGCUACAAGAUGAGGUUCGUGUACGCUCACUUCCCUAUCAACGCCAACAUUGCCAAAGACAAUAAGUCCAUUGAAAUCCGAAAUUUCCUCGGCGAGAAGAAGGUGCACAAAUACUCUUCCUNUAUAUUUUUAAUUAAUUAAUUUUUUCUUUUAUUU